GACGCUUAACGCGGAAAUUCAAUCGUGAUACAUCGGCUAUCUCGGAUUCCUCCGUAAGAUGAAAUAAAUCGUCUGCUGAUCCAGAGUGGCGGAAAUUUCAACUUCGUUCUCAAAUCAUGGCUGACAAUGAGGACCAACCCAACUUCUUUGAGCAGCUGCGUCAACUUUCCAAGGCUGUAGAACGACAGACCACGUCUCUCUCUACAGAGUACGGCAAGACAGACCGUCCAUUCCGUUAUCCUAUCGUCAUGAAACACAUAACAGAUCUUAAGCAGGAGACAAAAGAAUUAAAUAAAAAUACACAAGAAACAGUUGCCAGACUGAAAGAGUCUUCAAAAGACUGCGAUGGGUUCUUGUUAGCAGCAAAAGAUUUCAUUGAAAGCCAACAAAUGCAAUUGGCUGGACUGGAAGAGAAGUUCUCACAAUAUGGAUACAAGCCGUGGGUUUACACUGCUCCCUCAGUGGAGGACGCUGCAGAGGACACGGAGAAACAACUACUGAAAACACCUCAGACCACCAGCAAAUCAUCAAAACCUAAAGAGAAACGUACUCCAAGAAUAGAAGAUGCCGGCAUUUCACAGGCUACACUCGAGCUACUUGCAAACUUUGACAAGAAUGCAAAGUUAGGGACAAAAACAAGCACAGAAGAUGACGGAAAAAAGUCAAGAAUAUCUUCAAAAAGAAUGUAUGAUGAUGGAGACAUACCGUCAGCAUUUCGUCAUAACGGUAUUCUCACCACGCCAGGAAUCUAUAGUGACCCCAAAAAAUUUAACGACCCUGACGCCUUAUGCAAUCAUGCAGUUCUUGCAAGCCCAGUGGCCCCAAUGUACGAAGAUGAAGAUAGUGAUGAAACAACAUUUCCAUCAAUCAGCUCUCUGAAAUUCGAGGACAAGCCAUCUGAUACGCCGGAGUCCCCAAAACUGAUGACCCCUGGCUUAAAGCAAUUCUUGAACAGCAUGAAAAAGGAGGAACACCAUCAUGGGGAUAGAAUGGACCAUCAUGCAAGCAAACGGCAUGUGAAUGUUGGGUUAUUUCAGUCAGAAGUGAAAACUGAGCUGAAAGCCUAUGGGAAUUCGUUUUCUGCCUACAGCUCUGGCUUACCUAAGAGUCCAGAACUAACCUAUAGCUUAGAGGCACUGUCAGAAAUGACUGGCAUGUUCCGCAUCAACCCGAUGCCACAGGCUCCCACAAUGCCUCCCUCCCUACAGAUGACGUCCAACAAGGAGAAUGUAACUCCUACCGAGCCUGAACUGUUGUCCAGUCGAAUUGGGCGCUCGAAAAUGCCUCAGGAGAACGGGUCAAAGAAAACAAACUUGUUCUCCAAUGAUCUACCUCCUUCACCAAAACUUUUGGGAAAUUAUGAUUUUUUAAAAACUAAAUAGAAACUGAUUUUACCAAAUAUGAUUUGUGAGAUAUUUAUUAUCCUACUGCCGAAUUUAGACUUGAACAUAUGUACAUGUGUGUAAAAUGUGUUAGGUGUUUUUUUACCUAACAUUAAUUCUAGUGUAUUGCUAUUAUUGGUUGUAAUUGCAUGACCAAGGCAUUAAAUCGUAUUUAGAGACAGCAGUUUUGCAUCUCAAUCAUAAUUAUUGUUACAUAUUGGCUCUGUAUUAUGCAGGUUGAGGCCUAUUCUAGCAACUUUCUUUUCUUUGCUCACCUGAGACCAUAGUGCUCUUAUGCUCAGUGACACUGCAAGGCUCAGAGGCAAUGAUACAUUUUGUGUUUUGCAGAAAUAAACAAAAAGGUGUAAGUAAAGGGUUAUUUCUCUUCUUAAAAAUGCUUUUAACUGAUUUGCACCUGUGAUUGAUUUGCAGCAUAUGUUAAAGCAUAUAGUAUUUUGUCUUUAUGAACCAACAUUGAAAGCAUUAAGACAUAGGGGGAAAUUGCCUGUCAUAGAAUUUUCUUCUAUAGAAAUGUUAUAUACUUUCUCAGAAAAUGACUCAUUUUAGCAUAUUUGUCUGGACUGUAACUUCAUUUAUACAACAAUUUUAUGCCCUCAUUUUAUAAGGGAGGGGGGGCAUUUAAAUGCUCUAUGGUUUGUACCUCCUCCCCGAACACUUUUUUUGUGUUACGUGAAGCUAAAAAAGCAUUUGUGCUAGAGGUAUGAAUAUUCACAACUGGAUUUAUUACCUUUUUUGUUAUAAAAAAAUACCAUUUUAA